GGCCACACCUGUCAUUUUUAAAGCGAGGUGUCGACUCCAGCUAGCAUCGCGCUAUGAAGCGGACGGCCGCCGAUGUCUCCGUGUCUGUGGAAUAUACCGCGUUCGCUGUGCUACACGGUCUUCCGUAAAGCCUCGCAGCCGCGCACUCGCGCGCAUUACACGGCGCGGCGGCUUCGACUCAGGUGCUCCGUUUCCAAGCGCUCGUUCGCCCGAAGCUCUGCUCCACAACAGCCCGGAUGUAGCACACUGUCUUCGCAUCAAUACCGGAUUGUAAAGCACACUGGACAGUGAUAACAUGGCGCUGGCAGCCACAUAACGGUACCCACAAUAGCAAUCCAAAAAAUAUAAUAACCAGCAGGACAUGUAAGGCCGUUAAACAAGACAGCAGGUUUGUCGGGGAUCUCCAGCAUGUUUGGGAAGAAGAAGAAGAGGCUGGAGAUCUCCGCGCCCUCUAACUUCCAGCACCGGGUGCACACGGGCUUCGACCACCGGCAGCAGCGCUUCACGGGCCUGCCCCAGCAGUGGCAGAGCCUGCUGGCCGACACCGCCAGCCGACCCAAACCCAUGGUGGACCCCUCCUACAUCACCCCCAUUCAGCUGGCCCCCAUGAAGAUAUCUCCCAAGAAAGUCCGGUCGUCUGAAACGCCGUCGCGAAAAACGAUCGUGCGCGGGAGCAGGCCGCAGAAGGACUCCUCCAUUAACGGGCUGCUGGAGGAGUUCGACAGCAUCUCGGUGACGCGCUCCAACUCCCUGCGCAAGGAGAGCCCCCCCGCCCCGCACCAGCACCCCCCCGGGCCCAAAGCGGCCGGCCCCCCCUCCUCCUCCUCCGCCUCCGCCUCCGCCUCCUCCUCCCGCGCCCCAGAGGAGAACGGCUUCAGCCACUACUACUCCUCCCGCUACUCCUGUGACCUGGACGGCUCCAAGGAGCUCCCUGGGGAGGCGUUCCGGGACCGGGGGGGCGGGGAGGCGGAGUGGGGGGGCGGGGCCGGGCGCCACUACCGGCUGGGCAAGCAGAACGGCCACUCCAUCCGCAGCCCCUUCUACCCCGACGCCAUGCCCCAGAAGGGCGACUACGGCCGCCUGCCCCCGGACUACCACACCUACCUGGAGACCAAGGUGCGCUCGGACCUGGAGCUGGCCGGGGGCGGGGCCGGGGUCGGGGUCGGCGCCUACUACCGCACCUCUGUGGGGAGCUCCGCCCACGACUACACGCCCUCGCGCUCGUCGCUGCACAGCGAGCAGACGCAGUAUGGCCCGGACGGCGCGGGCCGGGGGGACUGGGGGUACGGGGGCCCCCCCAGGGAGGACUACGAGAAGCGGCCCAAGUCGUCGUACGUGGGCCAGUCCAGCCCCCAGCCCGCCAUCCGGCAGCGGUCGCGGUCCGGCUCGGGCCUGCAGGAGCCCAACCCGCCCUACACCACCAGCGCCUUCAGAUCCACGCAGCAGGGCCACCCCUACAGCUCCUACACCUACCCCCGCCUGUCCGAGACUGUGAGCGCCACCCAGGGGAUGCCCAAGGGGGACUACGACAGGGCGUCCCAUGAGGGCAGCCCCCCAGUCCCGGGGGCAGAGACGUACCCCCGGGGGCCCCUGAAACUACCUCAGAGCCAAGCCAAGCCCGGUUACCCCAGCAGCUUCCAGUACCCCCCCACAUUCCACUACAAGCCCUCCCCCUACCACCACCCGCCGUCCCAGCCCAGCCCCCCCUACACCCCGCAGGGGGCCUACUCCCAGCCCUCGUCCCCCUACAUCCCCCCCGGGGCGUACCCCCCGCCCAGCUGGGGCUCCGCCUCCGACCAGCAGCCCUCCCGGGUGUCCCACGAGCAGUUUCGGGCGGCCCUGCAGCUGGUGGUGAACCCCGGGGAUCCCCGCGAGUACCUGGACAACUUCAUCAAGAUCGGCGAGGGCUCCACCGGCAUCGUCUGCAUCGCCACGGAAACGCACAGCGGCAAGCAGGUGGCCGUGAAGAAGAUGGACCUGCGGAAGCAGCAGAGGAGAGAGCUGCUCUUCAACGAGGUGGUGAUCAUGCGGGACUACCAUCACGAGAACGUGGUGGACAUGUACAACAGCUACCUGGUGGGGGACGAGCUCUGGGUCGUCAUGGAGUUCUUAGAGGGAGGGGCCUUGACUGACAUUGUCACUCACACCAGGAUGAACGAGGAACAGAUCGCGACCGUCUGUCUGUCCGUCCUGAGAGCGCUGUCCUACCUCCACACUCAAGGGGUGAUCCACCGAGACAUCAAGAGCGACUCCAUCCUCCUCACCAGCGAUGGGCGGAUAAAGCUGUCGGACUUCGGGUUCUGCGCCCAGGUCUCAAAGGAAGUGCCAAAGAGGAAGUCCCUGGUCGGCACUCCGUAUUGGAUGGCUCCCGAGGUCAUUUCCAGGUUACCGUACGGCACUGAGGUGGAUAUCUGGUCUCUGGGGAUCAUGGUGAUUGAGAUGGUGGAUGGAGAACCCCCCUAUUUUAACGAGCCCCCCCUUCAAGCCAUGAGGAGAAUCCGGGACAACCUGCCCCCCAGGUUAAAAGAGCCCCACAAGGUGUCGUCCGUGCUGAGGGCCUUCCUGGACCUGAUGCUGGUGAGGGAGCCGUCCCAGCGCGCUGCCGCUCCGGAGCUCCUGCAGCACCCCUUCCUCAAAAUCUCCGGGCCCCCCUCCUGCAUCGUACCCCUCAUGCGGCACUACCGCCACCGCUGACCAGCAAGCAGGGCGGCGCCACCCUCACCGAAAAAAAAAAAAUUAAAAAUCCCCCUCUCUGGGCACUGACACCUUUUACCGUAGCGUAGCUUAGGAAAAACACCUGUCCUGUUUCCAAAAAUAAAUGAGCAAAUGAACGGAAGAAUAAUGGCCGACAGUACUGGGCACCUGCAGGACUACCGGCUUCGCUGGGCAGGUAGCGGUGAUGGGCGGGAAAUCACCUGUGUGUGUGUGUGUGCGUGCGUGUGUGUGUGUGUGUGUGUGUGUGUGUGUGUGUGUGUGUGUGUAUGUGGUGUGUGUGUGUGUGUGUGUGUAUGUGGUGUGUGUGUGUAGCUUGUGUGUAUGUGUGUGUGUGUGUGUGUGUGUGUGUAGCGUGUGUGUGUGGGGGGGGGGUGUUUGGUGCAGUUCUUUCUUUAUAGGCAGUCUGCUACCUACUCCUUGUGUACAGGGUGCAUUAGUCAUUGAAUAGAGCUUUAAAGAAGGUGGUGAGAUCGUCUGCUGGACAGCGAGAGAGAUCCAGCCCUGUGAUUGGCCAUUCGGUCACUGGCCGUUACAGCUCAGACCCUGUGAUUGGCCAGUGGAGUUCGUUCAGGGCCUAUCAGAGGUGCUGAAUUUAGUGGAAACCCCUGUGGGUAGUUUCGCUUCUUGAAAGAGGACUGGCUGUUAUUUCUUUGGUUGUUAAAAAAAAAAAAAACAGAACAAAAAAAAAUUAUAAUCUUUAAUCUUUUCACUUUUAUCUUAUAACACUAACAAUGUAAUGUAUUUUAGAUUAACUGUAAUUUCCUGUACAGUUUUGAUAAUCAGUAUUUUUGUUGUGAUGUAACCAUUGUGAUAUGGGCAGUGUUAAAUAUAAUUAUUAAGUAUAAUUAUGAAAGUUUCCGCAAAGAUCUUUCCUACUAUUUAUAUCCAUUUUUUGAUUGAAAAGUGAAGAGAUGCUAAAUAAACCAACCCUUAACUGUUACCAAAAACAACUAGAAUAUAUUUAUUAUCACACCGUGACAUUUAUAGACAGAAUUUCCGGGCAAUGGUGGGGAGGGGGGAAGGUUUGAGGCAGAAUUUUAUAUACUGUUUAAAGUAUUAUUUAUUUUUUGAAUUGAAAAUUAUUUUUCAGUAGUGUAGUUUUUUUAUUUUAUUUUUUAUCAGCAAAAUAUCAGCAGACGGUGAUGUCAGGAUUAUGUCACAAGAGCAAUAUCCCUAUGUUAUUAAGUCAUUUGCUUAAUUUAGAAUCAAUAGUAUCAAAGACUUUGGGGAAAAAAGCUUGUGAUUCACUGUGGGCCAAUGAUUAGAAGUUCAGUGAGACCCAAUCAUUCCCCUUACUGUGUGUAAAUGAGCAGUUAAUGCCAAUGUCAUCAAUUACAUUUAGCAAUACUUAAAUAAAUACGUUUUAGAAAAAAAAAUGGAGAUCACGUUUCUAUAUACGGUCCGUUCAUUCAUUAAACCAUUUUAAACCUACCGUAGACUUUAUAUUUAUGUAACCAAAAUGAUUACUUGUCGGAUCUUAAUUCUAACCAAUCACGUACUGUUAGGCAAAUCCCACCCCCCACCCCCAGGUUUGGUAUAAUCUGAACUCAUCAUUCAGUGUGUUUUUGUAAAUAUGAACCACGUUAACGUUUGCUGCUGUUUAAAACAUUGAUGAAUGUUCAAACUUGAAUGACUAAUACUUAUCCGUGGUGUUGCUUGUAGAGUGAAACAUGCAUGUUUGUUAUAAAUUAAGCUGGUUUUAAAUUAAAUAACAAAAAACACAGAAA